UAUACCAUGCUGUUCUGGAUAUAGUCAUUACUUUAAAUAACUCACAAGUGAAAGCUUUGUGAAUAGAGCCCUUUAUUGGCAGUUACAUAUAGAACCAUGACAAGAAAUUCAAAUAAUAAGAUACAUCAUAGAACAUGAGCAUGAGAUACUCCUUCCCAAUGUGCUUUCCUAAGGUCAACAGAGGACUUGUGUGAUUUUUGCCUCUACCCAGCAUUGUAGCUUUAAGCCAAAUGAGGGUGGUUCUUUGUUGUAUGGGAGGGAUGCUUUUAUCCUCAGCAACACUCUCUGGCAGAGAGAGAGAGAGAGAGAGAGAGAGAGAGAGAGAGAGAGAGAGAGAGAGAGAGAGAGAGAGAGAGAGAGAGAGAGAGAGAGAGAGAGAGAGAGAGAGGCAGUGAAAUAGCUAAAGAGGGAAAGCACUGAAACAGAGCCUUGAUGGAGGAUCCCUGUUUAUAAGAAUAAUCUCCAGGAUUUUAACCCACACAAGCUUUAAUCUUCAAAUCCGGAUUUACACAACGAGGCAACAAUACCAACCCUGUAAUAUAAAAGAGGAACAUUUUACCUUUUGUGUUUAAACAAUAGUACAUACACUGUUAGAUUUUAUUCACAGAGAGAGAGAGAGAGAGAGAGAGAGAGAGAGAGAGAGAGAGAGAGAGAGAGAGAGGGCAGAAUAGCUGGAGCAUCACCCGUGUUUGCUGCUACAGACUGGUCUACAGACUGACUGGCUGCAUACCUCAUUUUUUCUGGUUGCAUCCUUUUGCAAUUCAUCUGCUAAUCUCUUCUGCUGCCCUCAGAAGUAAGACUGCAACAACACAGAGAUCCUGAUAAUGAGUGAUAAAGGAACAAGAGUCUUUAAGAAAGCAAGUCCAAAUGGAAAGCUUACAGUAUAUCUUGGGAAGAGGGAUUUUGUUGAUCAUGUGGACAUAGUGGAACCUGUAGAUGGCGUUGUUUUGGUGGACCCAGAAUAUUUAAAGGAAAGAAAAGUGUUUGUGACGUUAACCUGCGCCUUCAGAUACGGGCGCGAGGACCUGGAUGUCCUUGGCUUAACAUUCAGGAAGGACCUUUUUGUGGCCAAUAUCCAGGCCUUCCCACCAGUGCCUGAAGAGAAGAAGCCCCUAACCCGCCUACAGGAACGCCUGAUCAAAAAACUUGGGGAGCACGCCUAUCCAUUCACAUUUGAGAUUCCCCCCAACCUGCCAUGUUCUGUUACCCUUCAACCUGGACCAGAAGACACAGGAAAGGCCUGUGGAGUAGACUUUGAAGUGAAAGCCUUUUGUGCAGAUAACGUGGAAGAAAAGAUUCAUAAGAGGAAUUCAGUGCGUCUUGUAAUUCGGAAAGUGCAGUACGCACCUGAGAAGCCAGGCCCUCAGCCCAUGGCAGAGACGACUCGGCAGUUUCUCAUGUCGGAUAAACCACUGCAUCUUGAAGCAUCGUUGGACAAAGAAAUUUAUUAUCAUGGGGAACCAAUAAACGUCAAUGUUCAUGUAACAAACAACACAAAUAAAACAGUGAAGAAAAUAAAGAUCUCAGUGCGUCAGUAUGCAGACAUUUGCCUGUUUAACACGGCACAGUACAAGUGUCCUGUGGCAAUAGAAGAAGCUGAUGACUUUGUGGCCCCCAGUGCCACUUUCUGCAAAGUGUAUACUCUGACUCCAUUCCUUGCCAACAACCAUGACAAAAGAGGCCUGGCCCUGGAUGGAAAACUCAAACACGAGGACACGAACUUGGCAUCCAGUACUUUAUUAAGAGAAGGGGCAAAUAAAGAGAUCCUGGGGAUCCUAGUGUCUUACAAAGUCAAAGUGAAGCUGGUUGUAUCCAGAGGCGGCCUCUUGGGAGACCUUGCAUCAAGUGACGUUGCUGUCGAACUUCCAUUCACUCUAAUGCAUCCCAAACCAAUUGAAGAAUUAUACAGAGAAGUUCCAGAAAAUGAAGCACCCAUUGAUACAAAUCUGAUAGAAUUUGACACCAACGAUGACGAUAUUGUGUUUGAAGACUUUGCCCGCCAGAGGCUCAAAGGGGCGAAGGAUGACAAAGAGGAAGAGGACGAAGGCGCAAACUCGCCAAAGCUGAACGACAGAUAAACAAGCUUGAGCGACUCAGUUGUUUACUGUGGUAUUGGUGCAUAGUGCUAACAGAGCCCAGGAGACCUUUUAACUCACAGUGCUGCCAUUGCUUUGUUCUUGUUCACACUCUUAAAAAACUACUUCUCAGUACACAUCUGCACACUUACAAGUCUGUAAUGUUGAGAUAACCUAAACAGGUAUCAAUACAAGUAUCAAAUAAGAUUCUACUUUGCUCCCGUGAGAAUGGUUGUGCCCAUGGCAGCAAAGAAGUCUUGCAUCGAUAUCAUGUUACAAUUUAAGAUAAUUUAUUAAAAGUCACCCUCAUUAAAGAACUUAUGUGGUCCUCAAUUAAGGACCUGAUGGUCUGUUAUACAAACCUGUAAAACUAUGACUUUGUUGAUGAGUUAAAAUUACUAUUUCUGCUUUGGCAGUGACAGUAAUAGUUCUUAGUUCUGCAUGGUUGCUGACAUCUUGGCUUUCAUUGUAUCAUGAGGAUCAAGUUAAAAAACAAGAGAGGCCAUAUUCCAAGCUAAAUCUGACACUUCUAUUUAUAUAUUUAUAUUCAUCAUGGUGUUGACACAACCGUUUGCUUUUAUAGCAAAACAGAGUGUAAUGAUAUGUACAGUAAUUCUCAUAUUUGUGCUCAAACAUCAUGGACAGGAUAUUUUGUAUGUGUAAAGAGGGUACGUGCUGUAUGUUAAUAUUGAUAUAGAAUUAGAAAUGCAGCAUCUUUUAAUAUGUUUAUUGUUUCUUGGCUCUAUAGAUUGUGAGGCAGGGAUGGAUGUGACCUACUAUAAACUCAAAGAAUAUCACACAUGUGAUUGAUUGAUUGUUUUGACCCCUGACCAAUGGAAAGAGUUGAUAUAUAGACCAUGCAAUGUAUCAAAGCUAAUGCGUUAUCUCUAGGGCUCCAAGAUUAUAACAUUUUCCCGACAAGGACAAACAUGGCACCUACACAUUCCAGUCUCUACAGUCUGGCUCUGAGUUACGGUUCAUUAUCUGAGGGGAAUACUGUAUAUGAAGAGAGAGUUGCCUUGCUAAUUCGCAUGUAAUCUGCACUUCUGUCAUAAGGAACAGAUGUCAUGACUUAACUUUUUGUAUGUCAGGUAACUAAAGAAUGUACACAUUUUUAAAAAGAGAAAAAAAAGUAGUGUUAAGUUUUUAUUUGUAUAUUUUUAAAAUGUGCUGUCAUGGUGUAUUUUAUUUAAAAUGUUGUCUGUAAAUGUCGAAAGCAUAUACUUUUGAGAUUCUGGAGAUGUGCUUUUGGCUCCAGGUUUCCUGUAGUAUGUGAUUCCCUAACAGAACUACUGUAGCACAAAGUAUAGCCUAGGUAAAGAGUAAAAGCCCUGGGUAUGAAGCACAAUGCUUGAUACUUUGCUGCAGAGCUCUCAUUUAAAAUAGUUUCCAUUUUAAAAGCAAGUGGGUUUUCUUAAAAGUUAUCUAAUAGUACGGAUCUCCUUUCUUUCUUUUUUUUUUUAACAAAAAAGCCUUAAACAUCAUAUUCUUUGUACAGCCAUCCCAUCUUCUUUUCUCAAGUUUGAAGUUUCAUUUUACUUUUAACUUUGCUGCAUUCUCUCUGGUCAUUUUCAAUUGUAACCAGGUCUUAUAGUAAAGAUUUAUAUCUUUCCAAGACCUUAUAUUGGAAACAUAUACUGUAAUAGGUCUUAAUAGCAUGAAGACAUUCUUGCUCAGAAUAAAACAAAACAGUCUAGGUUAAUUUACUAGACUUCUCAUUUUGAAUUCUUAAAACCUGAAGUUUACCUGUGAAAAAAAAAAAAAAAGAAAAAGAUUGGCUGUGCUAUACCCAUUAUAGAGUAUAGCUUAGGGGGCUCCCUUAGCUAUAAGAAGCAGCUCACACUUUUUAAAAGAAGAGGAAUGUACUAUUGUAUGUAAUAGUCUUUGGCCCUUAACAUUUUCUACUCUUGUUACUGUAUUAUUUGCCUCAAAACAAUACCAGCCUUUACAAUAAACCAUAGUAUAAUAUUAAAAAAGAUUCUACAGUUCAGUAAAACGCUACGAUUGGGCAAAUUGGGGACCUCCGAAAAUACAAAACAUAAUUGGUGACUCUUUUAAAAAAAAAAAAAAAAAAAAAAAAAAAUUGAAGAUAUGUAGGGACAUAAGUAUCAGUCAAAUGACGAAAUGGUUCUUCUAGGCUUUGGAAAAGAAGGUAUAAUGAAAUGAAUCCUUUACACCUGGUUCACUGUUUACAAAUCAUACACAAAAGUACCUUCUCUGGCCACAACAUUGCAUUUCAUUUUUAAUUUACCAACUUGAUAAAAACGAAUCCAUGUCUGGGAGGUUACUAGACAUCCUCUGCUUUUGACCAACUCCGAGUAAACCUGGUUUUUAGUCCAGUGCGAAUCAUGCUUUAGAGAGUGAAUUCUUAUCCACCUGAUGUGAACAAAACUAGUUGUGGUAUGGAUCGCAUCAUUAAUUGAACACAGAAUGAAUAUCUGAUUGGCUAGGUCUGCCUUGUUUAAACAAAAUACAUGUUCUGUUUCUUCACUUAUAUAUAAUACUGAAAAGACAAUCCAAAUAGACCAUGGAUUAUGUAUGCUUAAAUAUAGUCACAAUUAUUAUUAUUUGUUUAUUUAGCAGACGCCUUUAUCCAAGGUGACUUACAGAGACUAGGGUGUGUGAACUAUGCAUCAGCUGCAGAGUCACUUACAAUUACGUCUCACCCGAAAGACGGAGCACAAGGAGGUUAAGUGACUUGCUCAGGGUCACACAAUGAGUCAGUGGCUGAGGUGGGAUUUGAACCGGGGACCUUCUGGUUACAAGCCCUUUUCUUUAACCACUGGACCACACAGCCUCCAAUUGCUGAGAUCAGCAGAUUCAAGUGGAUUGCCUCAGCAAAUACACUGGAUUAAUAUAUGUGUGAUGUAUCCUUUCUCUUUAGACGUUUUCAAAUUUGCCACAGCCUGUUUUUUAAAUGUAGGGUUAGAACUCAAAUAGAUAUUUUUUUUUACAUUUUGUUUUAAUUGUUUUGUGGCUUGACAAAAUGUAUGUUUAAUCCAACAUUUUAUUUGCAUGUUUAGUACACAAAAAAAAGCUAAUAGGGCAACAUUCUGAAAAGAAAUACAUUUAUGUAUCAUGGCCUGUGAUUGGGAGCAAUUGUUUUGCUUUUAUUCCCCAGUUGAUUUAUGACCAAGAUAUGUGAAUAAAAGUAUUAAAACAGAUAUUACGUUGAAAUGGAUAUUUUAGCAAUGCUUAUAGCGCACAAGACAACAAUGGUUAAUAGUGUGUUUGUUAUAAACGCUAAAGGGAGUUCUGUAACAAACAUCUUUUUCAAUAUUUUUUUUACAACAAAUAAUAAGACUGCAGUAACACCCAAACAUUCCGAAGUAUUCAAUAAAAAGAAAGCUAAAUGUUUACAUUGGAAAUUACCAGAUUUAUUUUUUGUUUGUUUGGUUAAAUGAGUAAAGAUCUUGCCUUUUUAUUUAUGAUAGAGUUAAUUAUUACACUGUCGGUGUUGGUGACUAUCUACCCUAACAAAAUGAAAGCUAGUAUUUCCGAAAUGAAAUGCGAUUGAUAUGCUUAUUGAUUCCGGGUGUGUUGUAUUUUUGUAAAGCUGUGACUGUACCAUUUCCAAAAUAUUGCUCUACUUGUUCCCUCUGUUGUUCUAGGUUGUAUUUGUGAAGUUUAAAUAUUCUGUCAGGUCUAAAUAAAUCAUUAUAGUUUAAUUAAAUAA